UCAGUCAGUGCGAGAGUUUCCGUUCGCAAUUGAACACCACACGUACAUACGAGAUACGACGACCAUGGGAAUUCCAAACACAGGCAAAUUGGCCGGCCUAACGCUGUUCAUUACGGGCGCUUCGCGGGGCAUCGGCAAAGCGAUCGCACUGAAAGCCGCCCGCGAUGGAGCGAACGUGGUGAUAGCGGCCAAAACGGCCGAACCCCACCCGAAGCUGCCGGGGACGAUCUACACGGCGGCCGCUGAAAUUGAAGCAGCUGGAGGAAAAGCUUUGGCCUGUGUGGUGGAUGUUCGCGACGAAGUCGCCGUACGAACGGCCGUCCAGGCGGCCGCGGAAAGGUUCGGCGGAAUUGACAUCUUGAUCAACAAUGCCAGUGCCAUCUCGCCGACCGGUACCGAGCAGACCGAGAUGAAGCGGUACGAUUUGAUGAAUAAUAUCAACACUCGAGGGACGUUUUUGGUUUCAAAGGAGUGCAUCCCGUACUUGAAAAAGAGCGCCCACGCUCAUAUUCUGAACAUUUCACCACCACUGGAUAUGAUCCCGGAAUGGUUCGAAAAGCACACCGCCUAUACCAUUGCUAAGUUCGGGAUGUCCAUGUGUGCCCUGGGAAUGGCUGCCGAGUUUCGUCAGGAUGGGAUAGCUGUCAAUACUUUGUGGCCGGAGGUGCUCGUCCAUACAGCGGCCGUCGAUAUGCUACACGGACAGGGAGCGGAAAGGUUUUUCCGUAAACCGGAAAUCAUUGCCGACGCUGCGUACGCCAUUCUCUGCCGGGAUCCUCGCACCUGCAGUGGAAACUUUUUCAUCGACGAACAAGUCCUGCAGGAGGAAGGAAUCGUCGACUUGGCCGAGUAUUCCUGCGUACCGGGCAAUGAAAAGCAGCUCAGAAAAUGUAUUUUUGUAAACGAAAUUUUAAAAUCCAAUUUGUAAA